GGAUGUGCUCAGACAGGAGCCCCCGGGUGGGUGCGCUAUGGAGCCGGCCCUCACGUGGAGGUGGGCUGCAGGGUGUGAAUGCCCACCGCCGCCAGGCCACAGCUGGGCCCAGGGGAGAGCGGCUCUGGGUCUGAGCCUGAGCCUCGGCAGCUGUCAUAGGCUCCGGACAGUGAGGUUGGGGAGGGUCACGGCCCAACGUUGGCUGUGGCCGCGGGGCAGCGUGAGAGCUGGCACAGAGGGGUCUGCUUCCCCCCCAGCCCCCGGUCCCCGGCAUGGAAGAGAGCAUGUCCUACCAGGCACCCCCUCAGCAGCUGUCGGCAGCCCAGCCCCCUCAGCCCUCCAGUGCCCCGCAUGGGGCUCAUCCUCUGAACAGCGGCCCCCAGCCUGGAACAGCCCCCGCCACGCAGCACAGCCAGGCAGGGCCCGCCUCGGGCCAGGCCUACGGGCCACACGCCUACUCAGAGCCUGCCAAGCCCAAGAAGGGCCAACAGCUGUGGAACCGGAUGAAGCCAGCCCCUGGGACUGGCGGUCUCAAGUUCAACAUUCAGAAGCGGCCCUUUGCCGUCACCAGCCAGAGCUUCAGCUCCACCUCGGAGGGUCAGCACGGCAGCUUCGGCCCCCAGCCUAACCCCGAGAAAGCCCAGAACCACCGGGGGAGCCUGUCCGGGAAGCCCGACGACUGGCCGCAGGACAUGAAGGAGUACGUGGAGCGCUGCUUCACGGCCUGCGAGUCGGAGGAGGACAAGGACCGGACGGAGAAGCUGCUCAAGGAGCUGCUGCAGGCCCGGCUGCAGGAUGGCUCCGCCUACACCAUCGACUGGAGCCGGGAGCCCCUGCCGGGGCUGACCCGGGAGCCUGUGGCUGAGAGCCCCAAGAAGAAGCGGUGGGAGGCCCCUAGCAGCCUUCAUCCUCCCAGGGGGGCAGGCUCAGCGACCAGGGGCGGGGGUGCCCAGUCCCAGCGAGGGACGCCGGGGGCUGGGGGUGCUGGCCGAGCCCGGGGCAGCAGCUUCGCCAAGUUUGGCAACCGCAAUGUCUUCAUGAAGGACAACAGCUCCUCCUCCAGCACGGACUCGCGCUCCCGCUCCUCCUCCCGGUCCCCCACCCGCCACUUCCGCAGAAGCGACUCCCACUCGGAUUCAGACAGUUCUUACUCAGGGAACGAGUGUCACCCUGUGGGUCGCAGGAACCCUCCCCCUAAGGGCCGAGGAGGUCGGGGGGCCCACAUGGAUCGGGGCCGAGGCAGGGCGCAGCGUGGGAAGAGGCACGACCUGGCUCCCACCAAGCGCAGCCGCAAAAAGAUGGCUGCGCUGGAGUGCGAGGACCCUGAGCGUGAGCUGAAGAAGCAGAAGCGGGCGGCGCGCUUCCAGCAUGGACAUUCCCGCCGCCUGCGCCUCGAGCCCCUGGUGCUGCAGAUGGGCAGCCUGGAGAACAGCGGCGCGGACCCCGACUGGCAGGAGCUGCAGAUCGUGGGCACCUGCCCUGACAUCACCAAGCACUACCUGCGCCUCACCUGUGCUCCCGACCCAUCCACUGUGCGCCCUGUGGCCGUUUUGAAAAAAUCACUGUGCAUGGUCAAGUCCCACUGGAAAGAGAAGCAGGACUACGCCUUCGCCUGCGAGCAGAUGAAGUCAAUCCGGCAGGACCUGACGGUGCAAGGCGUGCGGACAGAGUUCACGGUGGAGGUGUACGAGACGCAUGCCCGCAUCGCCCUGGAGAAGGGUGACCACGAGGAGUUCAAUCAGUGCCAGACGCAGCUCAAGUCGCUGUACGCCGAGAACCUACCGGGCAAUGUGGGCGAGUUCACCGCCUAUCGGGUCCUCUACUACAUCUUCACCAAGAACUCAGGAGACAUCACCACGGAGCUGGCGUACCUCACGCGGGAACUGAAGGCAGACCCUUGCGUGGCUCACGCCUUGGCGCUGAGGGCAGCCUGGGCCCUGGGCAACUACCACCGCUUCUUCCGGCUGUACUCGCGAGCGCCCUGCAUGUCCGGGCACCUGGUGGACAAGUUUGCGGACCGGGAGCGCAGAGCUGCCCUCAAGGCGAUGAUCAAAACGUAUGUGAGGCUGGGUUCUCUCCCUGCCCCUCUUCUCUGCCAGCCUGGCCGCCAUCUACCCCGUCUCCCCUCCUCCCUCCGCACACUCUGGGCAGUCAGGCCUCCAGCUCCUGUGCCCGGGCCUGCGGUCCUCUCUGCCCGUCUGUCUUUCCACAUAUGCGCUGCUCCCCAGUCGCUCCUGCUUCCCUCCACACAGUCCGCCCUCCGCAUCUCCGUGUCCCACCCUGUCUCGCCGCUCCGGGGCGCCCUCCCCGCCCCGCCGAGUCUGUGUUCCUCCUGCUCUGUCUUCUUGCUCUGGGCUCUUGGUUUCCUUUCUCCGAGAUCUCUGUUCACCUUUUGAGGCUUUCCUGUCCCUGAGCUCCCACUCUGUAGAGACAGACUAGGAAGGACAGCCCUGCUCUUGGUAGCUUCUGCUCCGAUGAGACAGGACCCCGUUUCUGUUUGAGCUCCUUGAAGGUGCAGAGUGCUUAGGGGAGACGGGAGUGAUUCGGGGGCAAGCCAGGUCAGCACGGUCCUCUGUUCAACAGAGGUCAGCAGUGCCGCGUGUGCGUGUGCGUGCGCGUGUGUGCGUGUGUCCGUGCGCGUGCACCAGUGUGUGGUGGGGAACUUGUGGGCAGGCCAGGGUGACAUGGGGCCACGUCAGGAGACGUUUGUUGUCACAACGAGGGGGUGCUACUGCUGUCUAGUGGGUGGAGCCCCUCGUGCCCAGGAUGCCCCACAACAGAAUCACCGGCCCCAGGGUCAGUGUUGCCAAGGUUGAAAACCCUCGGUCAGAGGUCAGUAGGUCCAAGGGGGCACAUCGGUGAGCGUAGCCACAGGGAUGGUGUGGAGCUGAGGAGGGACAGUCACCCUGAAGUUAGGAGAUGCUCGCACUCAGGGAUCCAGUUUGGGUCCAGAAGAUUUGAGGCAGAGGCCGAGCCGGGGCAGGGCCACAGAAGUAGAGACAAGGACGUGGGGCAGGGACACGGAGGAGGCAGGAAACACAGGGCGUGGUUGCAUACAGGGGUGACGGGAGGCCCUGGAGACUGUCCCUCAGUCUGCCCUCUGCAGCGGGACAGCCGCUCCAGGGAGUCGUGCAGGCAGGCUGUGCCUCGGAGCAGGGGCCCUGGCCUGGCACUGGCCACACGCUGGCUCACCCCUUCCUUACUCCCUGGCAGACACGUCCCUCCCUCCCAGAGCCUCCAGAACCAAGUGCUGCAGGGCGAGCAAGAGGCCAGGUCAAAUGCAGGGAGAAAUAGGCUCUCCUGUGUUCCCCAUGGAUAUGCAGGGCCACGAUGUGGCACGGGCCUGAGGCAGGACUGGUUCCUGUCCUCUGGGCCGCUUACUCGCUGUGUGGUUUGGAGCUCCGGGUUCCUUCCUUCGUGUGUGUGUGUGUGUGUGUGUGUGUGUGUGUGCGUGUGUGUGUGUGUGUGUGCGUGUGUGUGCGUGUGUGUGUGUGUGUGUGUGUGUGUGUGUGUGUGUGCGCGUGCGUGCGCGCAUAAAGGGCGGGGCUGACACAGUUUCUGGGAGAGAGCUCAGCCAGUUCACAGCCGUUUCCUGGCACAUGCCAAGUGUCUUGUUGGCAACUGCAAGUGCCUGCGCCAGCGUGCAGGGUGUAGUGUGGGCUGACCCUGUGCCCAGGGUUCCCCAGGCACUUUGACCAGGAAGGGCAGGUUCCCCAGAAUAGCUGUCAGGCCCGCCAGCCCGUGCCCAUGGCUGUGGCCUCGGGUCACUCCCUCUGCCUGGCCCCUGCCCUUGGGCCACAGUGGGCCCUCCUCUGUGGGCCUGCUCAGGCCCUUGAGCAGCAGAGGAGCCGGCUGGGCCCUUCCCUCCCACCCCCUCUCCUUGGUCCCCCCCGUACAGGUAAGUGAGGGUGAAGGGGGGCACAACCGGGGCUGGGGCCACCACCCCUGCCCCGGGCCCCCCCGAGCCCCUGGAGGUGGGGAGGGCGGGUAGGGGGGUGGUGAGAGGUCAGCAGGGAACGUGCUGAGGAAGCCCUUUGGGUGCCCGAAGGGGGGGCACCCACUCCCUGCUCGUGGGGCCCUCCCCUGCCCCCUGCCCGCCUCAUCACAUUCUCCUCUUGUCUCCGUAGCUUCCGCCCUGCGCUGCCAGUCUCCUACCUGCAGGCCGAGCUGGCCUUCGAGGGCGAGGCCGCCUGCCGGGCCUUCCUCGAGCCCCUGGGCCU